GUUACCACAACGUGAUCUUGUUGGGUGUGUAGGUCUGUGGAGUCAUGCCCCUUCAGAUGGUGACCUUGUUUUUGGUGGCCUGUGGAGUGUGGUGGAUGAACCCUGCAGCAUCCAAUAUGCUGCCAAGCUGUCACCUGACACACCAAAACAUGAGCCUGGAGAAAGAAGGAUGCCUCUCGUGUCACCUCGUGGAGACGACCAUCUGUUCUGGAUACUGCGCCACUGAGUACCCGAUCUUCUACGGCUUCCCCAGUGAAGAGCCUCAGGUGUGUAUGUAUGAGCGUGUGCGCCACCAACAGUUUGAGCUGUCUGACUGCCUGCCAGGCGUGGACCCUGUGGUCAAGUAUCCUGUGGCGCUGAGCUGCAGCUGUGCUGCCUGCUCCAUCCUCACGUCCAACUGUAACGAGGAACCCAAGGAACCCACUGAACCAGACUUCUGUUCUCAGAUGUCUGCCUAGUACCAUGUGAACCUUAUGUCACCAUAAGCGACCUUUGUGUUACAUUCACGUCAACUUUGUGUGACAUUGGAGAAUCACUCAUAAUAAAGAUAGCAUCGUCUCAGCAUAAACCAA